GUGACAUUUUUAGGGCUAAUUUUUAGGUUAAUUGGCGACUCCAAAUUCUCCAUAGGUAUGAAUGUGAGUGUGAAUGGUUGUUGUGUGAAUAUGUGCCCUGUGAUUGGCUGGCAACCAGUCCAGGGUGUACCCCGCCUCUUGCCCAAAGACAGCCGCAACCCUCGUGAGGAUAAGCGAUAGAAAAUGAAUGAAUGAAUGAAUGAAUGAAUACCAAGGUUCCACUAUUUAUGCUUUUUGUUGGAGAACAUUAUCAGACAGCUGGGAUAGGCUCCAGCACCCCCGCGACCCUCAUGUGGAAAAAGCGGUAGAAAAUGAAUGAAUGAAUGAAUGACUGGGAAUCCCACACUGUCAGUAAUAUUCAUUUUGCUAUCCCUACAAUGACUGUUGAAGGCUCUAGUAUUCAUUAACAAAGCUUCCUUGAAGAAAGUGGGCUUUGCACGAGGAAGGAAGGAGGGAACACCUGCGAUGUCACUUCCUUCCUCAGAGGACCUUCAGCAGCGGUUCGGAGCAGAACAGGACGGAGUAAACAGCCUGCUAGAACUUUGUCUAUUUCAUUGACCGCUGGCUAGAGAGACCUGCCUUCAAGGAGAUUCCUCCUGUAGAGCGUAAAAUGAUCGUCUCCCACAGUAUUAAACAAAGCUGGACAGGCAAAUGAGAGGGUGGGCAAAAGAGGAAAUUAGAUCCCGGCCUAGUGGGUGUAGUCCCCCCCCCCCUCGCUUGAGGUUUUCCUCUGAUUGUUGAGAUUUUCGAGGGAUCCCACCGUCAGAGGAAGCAUGCUCCUUUGCUGGGCUGUAGUUGUGGUUAAGGACGCUGGAGCUGCAUAUGUCUGAAUGCUUGGAGCUCCAGUUUGAGCGGCUAACCCGGGAGCUGGAGGUGGAGAGGCAGAUUGUGGCCAAUCAGCUGGAAAGAUGCAGACUCGGGGCAGAGUCGCCGGGUGCCGGAAGCAGCAGCUCAUCGGAGAAGUCCCUGUCGUGGAGAACUGCAGAUGCUCCCGCCCCAAGGGACCGCAAGUCACAGAUGACUGACAGCUCCCAGUCUCCAAGCUACCGCAUCAGGAUUGAGUCAGAGCAGGUGUCUCUGUACUCCCCGGAGCAGGCCUCCCUCCAUGAAAGUGAGGGAUCCACAGGGAACUCGCGUAGCUCAACUUUGAUGAAUUCAUACUCGGACAGCGGCUACCAGGAUGCUACCAGUGGCUACCACAGCAGCCAGAAUGUGGUCAAAUCCGAGCUGAGGAUGCAGCACUCGUUCCCUGGUGCAGGCACGAGCACACCGAUGAGAACUACCAGGGCGGAGGGGCAGACGUCAACACAGGUUCCAGCUGUGAGUGGAGCAGUGCCUGGCCGUGCAAUGCGGAGAGUAAGCUCAGUGCCUUCUCGCUCUCAUUCUCCAGCCCAUGUCAGCAGCAUCUCCCCCUCCCGCGGCUCCCUGCGUGCCUCAGCUGGCAGUGCCUACGGCUCUCCUAUCGUCACAGAACCCAAACCCCUCUCCUGCAUCUUCUCCACCACCUUGCCCUCCACUCAGCGUACAAGUGCUGGUGGGAGCGGCUCGCCCCUCUCCACCCAAAAAAACUCCCCUGCUGCUCUACGGCGUGUUGGGUCCGCAAACUCCCGAGCGGGUAGCACGAGCCGUACGACAUCGCCCUAUCAGGCCUCUGUGGCGUCGUCGGCGGGUCGCAUGGGCUCGCCUCUGACACUCGUGGAGAACUCUCAGAUGGCGAAGCAGCCCGGUCACUCGUCUCCUGUCAGAGCGAGUAUGGUGGCGGUUCCCCAGCACUACAGCUCCACUCUGCCUCGUUCCAUCAUCCACAACACUGACCCCUACAGGCCGCAGAUGUAUGACGUAUACGAGAGGAGGACGCGGCCAGACAGCCUCACAGAUGCCUUGGUGGAUGAUGACGUUCAAGGGACACGGAACACAUAUGCCAGUCAACACACCCAGUUGGGCCAGGACUUAAGAUCCACCGUUUCCCCAGAGCGUCACAUUGCACCUAUCUUUGAGGACCGCAUGUUCCAGGCUCCGUUAUACAUGAGCCCUAGCCACACUCAACAGGGGACCAUCUGCAGGAGUGCCUCAGGUGUGGGGAGUCUCCAACGGACAUCCAGUCAGCGCGGUGCCAUGACCUACCAAAGAAACAACUUGGCUUUGAACACGGCGGCCACCUAUGCGGAUCCUUAUCGCUCAGCGCAGUACCGGCCUUGUGACUCCAACUACGGUCGCCAAGCUGCUGUCGUGGACGAUGCCACGCGUUCUCCAUCAAUAGACAGCAUCCAGAAAGAUCCCAGAGAGUUUGCAUGGCGUGACCCAGAGCUGACGGAGGUGAUUCACAUGCUGCAGCACCACUUCCCCUCAGUGCAGGCCAAUGCAGCCGCUUACCUUCAGCACCUCUGCUUUGGUGAUAACAGAACAAAGGCUGAGGUGUGUAGACUCGGUGGCGUCAAACACUUGGUGGAUCUGCUCGACCACAAAGUCCUAGAAGUCCAGAGAAACUCCUGUGGAGCUCUGAGGAACCUUGUUUACGGUAAAGUGAUGGAUGACAACAAGAUCGCUCUGAGGAAUGCGGGAGGCAUCCCGGCUCUGCUUCGACUACUGAGAAAGACCGCGGACGCGGAGGUGCGUGAGCUCGUCACAGGGGUGCUGUGGAACCUGUCGUCGUGCGACGCCGUCAAGAUGACAAUCAUUCACGACGCCUUAACCACCCUCACCAACACUGUGAUCAUCCCCCAUUCCGGAUGGAACAGCUCCACGUUUGAAGAGGACCACAAGCUCAAGUUCCACUCAUCACUGGUGCUGAGGAAUACCACAGGUUGUUUGAGGAACCUGAGCUCAGCUGGCGAGGAGGCCAGGAAACAGAUGCGUACCUGUGAAGGCCUGGUUGACUCGCUCCUCUACGUCAUCAAGGCUUGUGUAAACACUUCAGAUUUCGACAGCAAGAUUGUGGAGAACUGCAUUUGCACGCUGAGAAACCUGUCCUAUCGGCUGGAGCUGGAGCUACCUCCAUCCCGACUGAUUGGUGUGCAGGAGGUCGAUGGCCUUCUGGGUAGCGAGUCGCCCUGCAAAGAAGUAACCUCCAGCUGCUGGGGAAGGAAGAAGAAGAAGAAAAAAAAGAACUCGCAAGAAGAUACUUGGGACGGUGUGGGGCCGAUUCCGGGCUUCUCCAAGCCACCCUCGGGGGCUGAAAUGCUGUGGCAUCCUGCAGUGGUUAAGCCUUACUUGACGCUACUAGCCGAAAGCUCAAAUCCCUCUACACUGGAGGGCGCUGCUGGGUCACUACAGAACCUUUCAGCAGGCAACUGGAAGUUUGCAGCUUACAUCCGUGCCGCAGUGCGUAAGGAGAAAGGACUGCCUAUUCUCGUGGAGCUGCUGCGAAUGGAUAACGACCGGGUGGUUUGUUCUGUGGCCACUGCGCUGAGAAACAUGGCACUAGACGUCCGUAACAAAGAACUCAUAGGGAAAUACGCCAUGAGAGACCUGGUCAACCGCCUCCCCGGAGGCAACACCACCUUGCUGUCAGACGAGACAGUGGCAGCCAUCUGUUGCACCCUGCACGAGGUCACCAGCAGAAACAUGGAGAACGCCAAAGCGCUGGCGGACACGGGCGGCAUCGAGAAGCUGGUCAACAUCACCAAGGGCAGAGGAGACAGAUUCUCUCUGAAAGUGGUCAAGGCAGCUGCUCAAGUGCUGAACACGCUAUGGCAGUAUCGAGAUCUACGGGCUAUCUACAAGAAAGAUGGAUGGGCCCAAAACCAUUUCCUCACUCCUGUGUCAACACUUGAACGGGACAGGUUCAAGUCGCAACCUACCCUCCCCACUAGCAGUAUCCAGAUGUCCCCCCUCAACCACCCUGCUGCCAGUGCCAUGUCGUCUCCUGCAAUGCUGGCCGUUCGAGACCACAGAGACACUAUCCGAGAUUAUCAGAGAGCACAGUCGACUAUGCAAUUUUAUAAUUACCAAGUGGACAACAGUAUUCACAAAACACAGUAUACAGGGUCUGGAAAGCCUUCUCCGUAUUAUUAUCCAUCACCCACACGGGAGGAGCCCAGAAGAACGCAGGGUUGCAGGCAUGCUGGAGCCUAUCCCAGUUUUCUUCAGCCUUUGUAUUAUGCAGACGAUGUGAGCAGGAGGAACUACGACCCGUACAGAAUGUAUGUGCAGCACUCGCACGGCUACGAUGACCACCCCUACAUGGAUGACGUCAUCACAUACGCGCCCACCUUGGACUACAACUCCCAGCCUCAUGCACUGAAGGCCAGCACCAACUAUGUGGACAUUUACGCCAGCACACGGAGACCCUCCUACCGCGCCGAGCAGUACCCUGGUUCCCCGGACUCUUGGGUGUAAAUGGAGCACACAAAGAAAGAACACUUGUCAUGAAAUGGGCUUUAAAAAAAGUGUGUGUGUGUGUGUGUGUAUGUAGGGGAGUUGACUUGGCAGAGGGAAUCAUGGAAUGUGCCAAACGAAGGAAAUUAGGGAAUGUUCUUCAAAUAGUUAGAGGAGAAAAAAAAUCACACUGAGAGACAAAACUGGACAUGAUUGCCAGUCCUGCUUUGUUUAGAUGUUAGAUUUGAUUUUUUUUUUUUGUAGCUUGUACUAGCGCAGCGAGGGAGUGAGUCAUGUGAUGAGAGGAUCUACAGGAAGAGUCAAAGAUGGAGAUUGUGUAUGUGUUGAAGCCAAAAUUGAUCAUGAACUUAUCAAAAAAAAAUAUAUAAAAAAGUUUGAGGUGAAAUUGUACAGGCUGUUGUACAGAAAGAUGAAAGUAUGACUCGUACUUGCUGUUGUACCGCUGUCUUUGCUUUCUUUGUAAAUAGAGAAAAAUGUCAUGUUACCUGGUUUACACUCAUCUGCACUGCUAAAACAAUGAACUUGUGCCAUAUUAAAAAGCUCUAGAAAUAUAUAAUUAUGAAGAAAAACAAUGGUAUCAUACAUCAUACAAUCAUUAUCAAAUAAUAAAAAGGACACUUUUGUUUUUUAAA